GUUGAAAUCUACGAUGUAACUAAUCAUAAGCACAUCCUUGCUUUCACUAUAUCUAGUAGAAUGGAACGUCUCUAUGAAUGGAACCCAUAAACUGCCACAAACACAGUUAAGGCAAAUCUGGAACCUCACUACUUUGACAAUAUUUUACGUUUUGGUGUUUUGUUCGUUUAAAUAUUACGAUGAAACGUUUAAAUUGUAUUUUGUAUAUCAUUUUUCCGUUUAUACAUUCCAUUACACUCGUCCAAUCUGAGAUCUCUAGUGCUUUAGAUCCUGUCAAGACAAGUUUCUCUUGCGUGGAUAGAACACCUGGUUUCUAUGCAGAUGUCGAUGCUAAAUGUAAAGCAUAUCACACCUGUGACGAGUAUGGGAACAAAUUUACCUAUCGGUGUCCAGAGGAAACGGCUUUUCGACAGGAUGCAUUGAUAUGCGAUCAUGCUCAUCUGGUUAAAUGUCAAGGACCUGCCUCUUUACAUGCAGAAGCUACGAAAGAAAAAUAUACCAACUCUUCUUGUAUAAAAGAAUCGAAGGAUAAUGCUAAUUGCCAAUUUCUUUUUCAAUCUUUACAUGAGAUACGGCCAACAAAGAUGCAUGGUGCAAUGCAGCAUGGAUUUACAUUUAGUUCACAGAAACUUCGUACUAAUUAUAACGCGACAGAAGGUGUUGAACGCAAAACAAUUAAAUCUUCUCAUCCAUCAUUAAGUCCUCUCAAUUCGACAUCUAUUAAAACACAUGUUUCUUCUGCAAAUCGAAAUCGACAAAGUGUAUUGAAAGAAGAUGGAACUAAUCAAAAGAAUUAUCAAAAUCAGAAAACAAAUGAUGCUUUAUAUAAUGUUUUAAAAGUUUCAUUGAACUCGUUUUCCGGAAAUGCACAGAAUCAGCAAAAUAACAUGAAUAAUCACAAAAUUAGAGAAAACUCUCAAGAUUUGAUGAAAUUUUCUUUUAUGAACCACAGGAAUUAUCCUUAUACAGAGACUUUGAAAUCUAUACAGAAAAGUACAAAAAUGCCAAUUAGAAUUAGUACCCCUUUAACAACUACAGAAGUACCUUUAUAUGCUCUAACAUUGUCUUUGAAACCUUUAGUACCAAGCGAGCUAGAAUAUGAUCCUUAUUAUCCAAAAGUUUCAACGUCAACAGAAUCUUAUUAUACUCCAAGUUACAAUGACAAGAAGUGGUCCCAUGCAAAAGGUUCUCAGACAUUAUGGUCAAAUACUCAUAUUAAGCUUCCCUCUGUUUUGCCAGAUCUGAAUUCCUUAGAAGACAUAGUCGAUCGUAGAAAACAAUUUUACAUUCCUCGCAUUAGUUCCCUGUUAGUUUCAUAAGUAAAUAUUUUAUACGUAUGAAUUUUAAUUAAUGUAUUGAAAAUAAUGUAUGAAAAUAAAGUUAUGUUGCAUAUUCACA